AUGGCACCAGACCCCCCCAAGCGCAAACGCGGUCGUCCAUCCAACGCGUCCAAACUCCUCGAAGCCCAAAGCAGCGCCGCACAACCCCGAAAAAGCUCCUCCAACAACACCCAACGCAAGCGCACGCAGUCCUCCCUCCGCGAAAGCUGGGCCUCGUCAACAGCCCAAGACAGACCGACAAAACGUCCUCGCGAAACACAACCCGCAGCCGUCAUCGGCCGUCGCGGCAUCCCCCAACCCAACCACCCUCAACAUCAGCCAGACGAUAAUGAACAAUCCCGACCACCGCUCGCGUCCCCCGAAAAACCCUACGUCCACGUCGCCCCUCACACCCGACGCGUCCGCCAAUCCGCCAUCGAAUCAAAAUGGACUCCCCUGACCAACGCCUCCCUAACCGCCGUCUCAACAACCCUCCAGUACGCACAGCGUCCCAUCCUCCAACGCCUGUCGGACUCACACCUCCGCCGGACGCACACCUCCUCCGCCCUGCGGCAGAUAUCGCACCGCAUCGCGCGCAAAAUCUCCCGCGGCCUGCCCUUCCCGCCGGCGAGCAUGCCCGCGCCCGUGGGCCGCGCGCCGCUGCAGAGCGACGCGGGACGUGAGGUGGAGCUUAACUUCGAGAGCGUCCUGGAUGGGAAGCUCAAUCUCGAGAGGCAGCUGGAGCCGGCGCUGGAUGGGCUCGAGGUCCUGCGCAGGGAGAAGGAGGCCAUGGAGGAGGAGCUGGAGCAGGACUACGAGACGUUGAGGAACUUGGAGGCCGAUGCGAGGGACCAGGCUAGGGAUAAGAGGAGGCUGCUUAAGAAGGCGCAUGUUUUUACGCCGGCGCCGUCGGUGAAGAGGGAGGAUGGGGGGGAGGGCGUCAAGGAGAAUGAUGGGUUUUUGUUUACUAGGGAUGCGGCGACGGCGGCGGGGAGUGCGUUUACUGGCGUUCAAAAUGAUGGUGAAAUGCACGACUUGGCAGUGCAAUUGAGUCAUCAUGUUGACAGUAUACGGGGCAAUUUGGAGCAGACGGAGGGCAUUUUGCCCAUGGUGACGAGGAGCAAGGCUGCGCUGAGGGCGGUGCUGUUAAAGUAUGUGGAUCAGAGGACGUAUGAGCGGGCUGUUUUGGGGUAA